AUGACGGUCACUGUUUCUGGGCCGCCUCCAGACGCCGCCAAAAAGGAUCCGGCGCAGCUGGCGGCGUCGUAUCGCGAAGUCCGAAAGAAGAUUUCCUGCGUCGAGGCGGAACGAAUCAUGUAUGUCUUCAACGAACUGCACAGGCGGCUUCUUCUCCUCGCCGGCUUCGCGUCGGUCCCAGCUGAACAGUUCAAACAAUUUCCAGAGUCCUGCCACAUUCUCAGAAAAGCGGCCCAGGAGAAAUCUACUCCAGCGGCUGAGCUAAAAAUUCUCACCCGAAACGCGCUGCGAGAUGUUUCAAAAGACGCGAACUUGUGUUCUUUAAUCCGCAGCUCGAAAUCGGACGCUCGACUGGAAUCGCUGGCUUCUCUGAUCGACGAGCUGCGCUCUGGAAUGGUGGACCGACUGACGAUGACGCAAAAGGAAGAAGAAAACCGCGAAAUGUACAUUCGAAAGUCGAACCAGCGACUCAAGGAGAUCGUCACUCAGACGCAGAAGGAACGAGCUAAUGAAAAUCGAAAUGCUGAGCAGCGCAAAAAAACUUUAAUCGAGGCGAUAAAACCGCUCGAAGUGGACCUGAAAAAGCUAGUGGUGGAGCACCGCGAAGUGGAACUCAACUUGCGAAGUAAAAAAUUCCGAAUCGAGAACGAGGUCGAAAACUGGAUCGCCAAAUAUGACGACUUUAUGAUCGAGAAGCAGCAGCAACUCGAAGAGGUCCAGGACGCUUAUGACGAGGAAAAGGAACAGCUCGAUGAACUCAAGGAACGCUUUGCUAUUUUAAAAGUUGACUACGACGCAAUUAUGGAAGAACGCCGCCUAAAGAGAGAGCAAGAAGAGCGCGAACGCAAAGAAUUCGAAGACAAGACAUUCAACGCGACUGUAAUUCAAGCCUUCUUCCGCUCCUACAAGGUCCGCAAGCUCAUGAAAGGCAAGAAGAAGAAGGGUGGAAAGGGCAAAGGCAAAAAAGGAAAAUAA